AUGAUAAACAAGCUGUCAGGUCACCACCAGACUUACAGUUUGGAUGAUUACGAUGACACACUGGUGACCUUGAAGAAGAUUUUUCUGUUGUUAGGACUGCGUCUAACAAAGAAGGACUCUCCUAAUGCCAGAUUUUGGUAUACCGUAUUUUUUUGGUUUCAAUUUUUAAAUCUUAUUAUUGCCGUCACGCUGGAAAUCGCAGAAAUUAUACGACAAUGUAAUGGAGGUACGUUUGACGAAAAAAUUGCAAGCCUUGGAAUGAUACCCUGUGUGGGAUGUUCAAUGUUGGCAAUGAUGAAGCUUUACAAUCUACCGUUUUGUUUUACACUAUAUCAGAAUUUGAUUGAUGAAUUACGGAGGUUGUGGCCACAGGGUACAGUCAAUGAAGACGAACACUACAUUAUUAGCACAGCUCUCAAACAACUGAAAUUUGUUACGAAAGGAUAUUAUACUUCCAACUGGGUUUUAAUCAUUGGCUGCAUUGUGCCGUGUUAUAUUACAAUAAUACGAAAUCUUUUUGGCCAAAAUUUGCCAAAGAGAUUAGCAUUCUCUUACUGGUUCCCAAUGGAUCCUUUGCAACCUAUUGUAUUUGAAUUGGUAGUAUUAAUUCAAACAUGGCACACUUAUCUGACAAUCUUGUUUAUUGUCACCGGGGAUUUACUAUUCUUCUUUUACGUAAGCCAUACCACUACACAGUUGGACUUGCUGUCGCUUAAAAUUCAAAGACUUUUUGCGGUCAGUACGGAUAAACAGCUAAAUAAUUCUUAUUCCUUUGCUGCAAUCAAUAACGAAAAAUAUAAAAAUGAACAUAUGAAUGAAGCGCAACGAGAAAAUGGAUCCCAAGAUGACUAUCAAAAAGAUUUAUUGGAUGUAAUCGCACAUCACCGUACUUUGCUUAGAUUAUCUGCAAACAUUGAGAAUCUGUAUGGUUUCCCGUUGCUUUUCAAUUUCAUGAAUAGCUCCGUCAUCUUGUGCUUUUGUACUUUCUGCUGUGUGGUGAUUGAGAAAUGGUACGAAUUCAUGUACAAGAUGUGUGUGGUUACUACGCUAUGUCAAACAUGGCUUAUAUGUUGGUAUGGGCAAAAGUUGAUUAAUUCGGGUGAAAAAGUAUCAGUUGCGUUGUACAACUGCGGCUGGUAUUGUGCUUCUCAUAAAAACAAAAGGAAUAUACAAAUAAUGAUGCGGAGGGCGCAGCAACAGUUAUGUGUGACCACCUACGGCUUCGCAGUGAUCUGCUUAGAGAGUUACACAACGAUCAUCAAAACAUCCUGGUCCUACUUCACUUUAAUAUUUAACGCUUACAAAAUUAAUCAGAAUAAAUGA